CCCGCAAUGACAGAAUCGCGCUGUCAGUUGGUCGCAUUAUCCACAAACUCUGAGUUCGAAUAAAACCAGGUCGCUCCCGGCUGAGGUCCGUCGAACAACGCAAACCUCAUCUCAAGACCGCCCGAUGCUUCACAUAUAACAUGACACAAACAACCGACUCCGAUGCACCCGCAUCCCCACGCCGCACCAUCUCCCUCGCCAUCCCCUCGCCAUCCCCCACCCACGACUACAUCCUAACCGAACCCCGCCUCACCGACUGUCCCCACAUCACCGCCAUCUUCGCGCACCCGAUCAAAAACAUCCCCAUCUACAAGGGCACGCUAAGCAUUCCCAAUCCCUUCACUCUAGAAUUAUGCGAGAAGUGGGUGACUAAGAACCAGGCGAACUUUGCAAGUGAGGGUGCCGUGCUUGGGUUCAUGAUCCGUGCUGUUCCCAAGGAUACUGGGGGCGAUGGCAUGCCCGUCGGGUGGAUUGAUUUUCGCCGGGAUGAAAGGUUGUUGAGGGAUGAUGACGGGAACCUGCUGAAGGAGCCGCCGUGUGGAGUGGAGCUGGGCUACUGGCUGGAUCCGGAGCACGGGGGUUAUGGGGUGAUGGGCGCAGCGGUAAAAGCGAUGUGUGACAUCGCCUUCAACGAUGUCGGCGUGGAGAGAGUGUUCGGGCAGUGCUUCGUUGAGAACGCUGCAUCCGCACGAGUCAUGGAAAGGGCCGGAAUGAAGUUGGAUGGGACGCUGCGAGCUCUCGUACGAAAGCAUGGGAAGCCCAUGGACUGUAAACAAUACAGCAUCCUGCGGCAUGAGUGGGAAGCACUGCGGACGGACCGAUAG